UAGUUCAAUUCAAGUCCAGUCUGAGUUGAACCAACUUCACUCUUCUGUUCUCGUUUCUUGCAGACCCUAGCUCAAUUAACCCUUCUCAUUUUUCUACCUAGAUCCCCGCCGAUCACUUUCCGGCGACGCAUAUCCAACAUUUCUUUACUUCCUUGCAUGAACGCCAAUGCCAGUUGUCAUGGCCUCCGCCUGCGUCAAUAAUAAUAUCAGCGUCUCGUCAGAGAGCUUCCCCUCGUACGAAUGGCUGAGUCCAGGGCGGAGUUCUAGAACGUCCUUUAGUGGGGAGGAAGAACAGCCGUCGUCUUCUUCGAUGAAACCGUCCUCUCUGGUGGAGGAAGGGGAGGAUAUUCAAGAUCCGGUUGAUUUCGAGUUCCGUUUAGAGGAUCCAGUGAUGAUGCUCCCCGCCGACGAGCUCUUCUCCGACGGAAAGCUCGUGCCGCUACACCUCUCUACCGUAAAGCCGUCCUCAGCCACCACCAGUUCAACGGAGGAGUCAACGAAGCCGUGCAUGGACCCUUACUUGUUCUCACCAAAGGCUCCAAGGUGUUCAAGCCGCUGGAGGGAGUUAUUAGGUUUGAAAAAACUGUACCAAAACUCAAAAUCUGAAAAUCGCUCAAAAACGACGCCGUCUAAUCAUACUGCAAAAUCUUCUAUUAAACAUUUCCUUCAUCGAAACUCCAAAUCUUCUUCAUCCUCCUCUUCAGGUUCUUCUUCUCUGGAGUCAUCUCUUAGUCUUCCUCUACUAAAAGACUUGUCGGAUAGCGAGACGAUUUCACUAUCUUCAUCUCGUUUGUCGCUUUCUUCUUCGUCAUCGGGUCAUGAGCACGAGGAUCACCCGAGGCUCUCUCUUGACUCGGAUAAAACCGGUUUGAGCCCUAGUCCGAAUCCUUUUGCGAAUCCUCCAAGAAUGAGGAUCGUCAAACACAGAGAUAAUCAGCAACAUUGUAUAAAUUCGACACAUGUCUCACGUGCCGGACGGAGUCCAAUGCGGAGAGAAACCGCAGCCGCUACUGCCGGUAGGGGAGUCUCCGUCGACAGUCCGAGAUUGAAUUCUUCCGGUAAAAUAGUGUUUCAAAGCUUGGAGAGAAGCUCAAGCAGUCCCAGUAGCUUCAAUGGCGGGCCCAGGUUCAAGCACCGAGGCAUGGAGAGAUCUUACUCGGCCAAUGUUAGAAUCACUCCGGUCCUUAACGUUCCGAUUUGUUCGCUUAGAGGGUCUCCAAAGUCCGGUUCGGUUUUCGGAUUCAGUCAGUUGUUUUCUUCGCAGCAGAAGAACGGACACGGAAACGCAGCUCGACAGCAGAAUAACAGUAGGAACCGGACUGAUCGAACCUGAUUGAUUCUUUUGAAGAAAUGAAGAAGGGUAACAAAUUGAUUCCGGUUUUUUUUAUUUGAAUUUUCGGGAAACUCAUAAUUCUGUCACGUGUUUUCGUUUAAUUUCAGAAGCAGACAAUAGCACAUCAGAUUGUUAAUGGAGGUUAAUUUGCUUUCGUUUUUUGUUUAUGUUUUUAACAAAAAUUGUAGAUGUAAAUAUAAUGAUGCUGAUCCUUGUUUUCUUCUUGUUCAAAUAAUCCCUAACUCUGAUCAAUAUUGGAGUAGGCUGCUCGUAUGUUUUGUUUUUGUUUUCGUUGUUGCGGGUUUGUUAUUUCUGAAAGAUUUGGAAUCUCUGUUUUUA